UGACUUUUUAAUACAGGAAGUUCCACCUGGGAGACAAAGUCAUGGGUGAAACGUCAUGGCAGUGCCUUUAAUUUGUUUCUUCACAGCCUGUUGGGUUGCCAAGUCUACCUGCCUGCUUUUCGCAACAGGAGCUAAACGCCCUUAACACGACACCCAAAGAUCUACCUGUGGCAGGGAAUGCAUUAAUGGAAUGAUGGAGACCACGGACUGUCCCACGGAGGGAGAUCCUCUGAAAAGAGGAGAGGACAGCUUGGAGACAGGAUCAGCACCGCCGGCAACGGAACUGAAAAGAGGCUGCAAGGAAGUCCUUGGUCUUUCUAAACACACCAAAUGGAGGACAGCCGUCUUCUUCCUUUCCUUGUUCCUCUGCCUGACCGUGGUCUUCGCCUUCUCGUUCAUCAUUCCCUGUCCUGUCAGACCACAGUAUCGUGCCUCCUGGAACCGGACGUUCUUCGAUGCAGAAACAUACGACUUUCUAGCUUUUGAAGACGCAAACAAAGACAAGGUGGCGGACAUCAUGUUUGUUCUCAAAGGCAACCAAGCCAGUAUUAAUAAUACAUGUGACAAUGCAGGUCUACCCUCACCAUGUGUGUUCAUGCUGGCAGUGGAUGGGACAAACGGACAAACCCUGUGGGAGCGUCCACUGGAGCCUGACUUCCACUGGGCCCAGUGUGGGAUGGACAAAAACAGUGAAAGGAAGUGGGAUUGUCUGCUGUCGCACUCAAACACACUGUCAGCGCUAGACAAAUCUAACGGUGAGAUCAAAUGGCAGUGGUCGCCGCCUCUCGGUCUGCAUUGCAGUUUGCCGGUGCUCAGUGUGCCUGAUGUGGAUGGGGAUAAGGUCAGCGAUGUCGCCUUAGUGGCCUCCAAUUACAUGCAGGAUCAGCUGGUGUUCCUCUCAGGGAAGUCAGGUGUCCAAAUUGGGUCUACAGUGGCACUGAACACCACAGAAACAACCGGCCAUCUUCUGCAUUACACUGGGGAGGGUGCCUACUAUCUGCUGUUACAAAAAGACACUGGCUUGUAUGGAUUGGCACUGUGGAAGAUAGCAGCCAGAGCAAAAGCUGGGAUGGAGGUGGGCCUUAAGAAAGAUAAACACCUGGAGAGACUGGCCACGGCCACAUCUGGACUGGUAACAGUUUAUCACUCUGACUCGUUGAAGCGUGUGGUUAGAACAGGCGAGGCGGAUUCCUCCAACCUACUGUUGGUUACAGGCGACGAGGUGGUGUUGAUAGAUGGCAAGACAUUACAGCGCCUGUGGAUUUUUAAUACAACAUCAGUCUUCAGAGAGCCUUCCUUUGGCCACUUCGACAAAGAUGGCGUGCUGGAUGUUGUGCUUGAGGAGGACAUGCGUGAUGGCUUCAACAACACCAGGAGGGUGUUGAUACUUGACGGCAAGUCCGGUGACGUAUUGUGGAAAGUCGACCUUCUGGACAGUCCCAACUCGCCUGGACCCGCCUCCAUAUACACCACUAACUCUAUCUCCGUUUUUGUCUUCUGGGGGCUGCGGCCCUCUGAGGAAAACUCCUCUGUGCCGUUCAGUGUUGACCGUCGAUCUUACAUGCUGCAUCCCCUCUAUUCUAACCUUCUCCUGGAGUCUGAAAACGUGAUGGACCACAUUGUUGCAUUUAAAGCUAAGUUGAUGGAACGAGGACGCCAUGCCGCCUUCAUCCUACUGACAGGUCCUGAGACUAGCGACACGGAAGGCGCCGUAGUUCUCAGCAAAUGGAAGCUAAAGCAAGAUGUGCCUGAGAGUAAGGUGCGCUCGGUCAUCAGCAAGGACUCCCCAACCGAUGACGAUAUCAAGCAGGCCUUCAACAGGCUCCGAUUCAGCGAUAAUUAAAGCAUCUUUCAGUCACAUGACCUUUUUUUGUAAACUAUCAAAUAUGCUUGCUCUUGCAUUUGCAUAGACACACAUUCUAGAUCCUGUUUGUCCAAAGAUCUGCUGUUGUCCCUGACAGUCCCUCCUGCUGCUGCUGACAAACCCAUCAUGACUUGGUUGUGUUUCGUCUAUCUUGCACUUUCUCACAACAAUGCAAUGCUGUUUAUUUUCUUGGUCUUUUGACCUCAAAAGCUGGAUUGUUAUGUAGAGCUAUGCAAUUGUUUUAUAGCACUGGUGCUUUAAAGUAGCAAAGUGGUCACUUACUGCAAUUUUAAUACUAGAAUGGCCUUAAGAAUAAUGCGGUCAAAUAUUUGAACCUGUGCACUGUCAUGUUACUUAUUGAAGACCGUUUUUGCAGUGUGGGAAUUUGAUUUAUAUGUUUUAUUCAUAUCCAUAAGACUUUUAAAAAAUUUUUUUUAUAACAUAUUUAAAAUUGUGUUUUUCUUUUAAGUAUACGUUUUCAGUUUGAUCCCUAUUAAAUCGAUUUUAAAACAA